AUGGCAAUGAAUUGCAAGAAGAUAGCGCAGGCGAUGGAACCGAACACUAUCGUUUUGGUGAUCUGCCCGUUGACCAGCAUUAUAGGAGAUCAAAUAAAGGAAGGAGAAUCAUUGGGUUUGAAGUGUGUCACACUCGAUGAAUUUCUGAUGGCUAGUGAUCGUGAUACACACCAGGUUGUGUUUGUGUUAGCUGAACAAGUUCUCAGCAAGACAUUUACCGAAGCUCUUAAAGACCGGUCGUCAAGAUUACACAAUGCGUUGGAAUUGGUAUAUCUCAUACAGUAUCUCAUACAGUAGAGAUGUGGACAGGGAAAAGGUUUAAGAAAUAUGUGUGUACCUGUUACUUUGCUCAAGUAUACGACUGUUUUUAUCAACAUAUGACAUUCAUCCGUAUGUAUUUUUUAAUAGGUGCAAGAAUGCAAAAAGCUUUAGAACAGCCAAUGGUGAUCUAUCGAUUUUGAAAUCAUUAUGCAAAGAAGGUACGUUUACUUUAGUAUUGAAGGUACGUUUAUUUAAAAUGAGUAAUAUACAACCUGUUUCACAUUGAUUAAAUUACUUGUAUAUAAACACUUAUAUAUGCACUUUUCUUAAACAACAGGAACACCUGUCUUAGCCUUGACUGGUACAGCAGACAAUCAUACACGAGAGGUUAUCAUGUGUGGCCUUGCAAUCAAUUCGGAUGCUCUAGAAGUAUUUUUAAGCCCAAACAGAACAAAUUUGCGGAUAAAUGUGAUCAAAACUACAAAAAAGGAUGCACUUUCCAAUUUAGAUUGGUUGGUUGAAUUGUGUCGCAGAAAACAAUCUGAAACACCCAAGACUAUUAUAUUGUUUUGCAACAUGAUGAAAGAUGUUGCAACUGUGACUAUCUUAUGUUGAAGCUGGGGUCAUCUGCUUACAGUCCACCAACAUCCAGGGAAUCUGAGGAUUGUCUGGUAGGUAUAUAUCAUUCCAUGUCUUGGGAUAACUACAAAGAGAGAAUUGUUUUUCUUUUUUCGAUAUCGAUACCGAUAUCGAUAUUUUCUCAACUCGAACAACCAUAACAACAAAAAGACUAUUUUUAAUCAUUAAAGGUGAUCUACAGUCCGUAUGUAAACAAAGCCUUUGUUUACAUUUUUGUGUUCAAAAUAUUGAGCUUUAUUCGACAACUAUUUAUAUUUUCAAGCUUCUAGAGUAUAAUAAAUGAUCACCUUUAACAACGGCAACAAUGCUAACAAUAUAAACAAUGAAUAAUAUAUGUCAGAGAUUGCAACCAGCAUAACCAGAAACUCCCAUCCUGCCCAUGGAAUAUUAUAGCAUAAUAGAAAAGAACUACUUUUAUAGUAUUUACACCUAUUUAAGCUUUUUGGUAUAAUUUUCAUGAAGAUGCCGCUGACCAAAUUGAAAAAAUAUCGCAGGCGCAGAAAUAUCGAAACAUCGAUAUUUCUUGCCAGUAUCGAUACUUACCUUCAAAACCCUGGUAUCGAUAGUAUCGAGUAUUUGGUAUCGAUAUCGGCCCAUCCCUAGUUGUAGCUACCACAGCAUUAAGUAUGGGUGUAAAUUUCCCAGACAUUCGUUACAUCAAUUGGGGUCCAGCACGCAAUUUGUUAGACCACCAUCAAGAAGCAGGGAGAGCUGGUCGUGAUGGAAAACAAUCAGAUAUUGUGGUUAUUUACCAUGGACAACAGUUAACUCACUGUGAGGACAAAGUGAACUCAUUUGUUAAAUCAACAUCCUGUCUUAGGGUAGCAAACUACAGUGCAUUUGAUCCAAAUAUUAAACCACUUGAACCAGGUCAUGAUUGCUGCAGUAAUUGUUUGACCUUGUGCAUAUGCAAUAUGGAUGAGUGCAUAGUUGAUCCAUUUCCAUUUGGUAAUGCAACAACAAAAAUUCCUAAACAGCAGCAAAUUACAAGACCU